GCAAUGCAUAAGAAACGGCCUUUCUCCCUGCCCACCGUUUAUUUCCACCGCUGCCGCAUCCUCCCUCUAAACCGCCGAUCUCUUCCCUGAGUUUCACUGAACCCAGCUUUUUCUGAUACUACCAUUCGUUUGCUAAACCCAAUUCAAUUUUGAAAAAAGAAAUUAUUUUUAUCUUGAAAUAGUUGUGAAGGAACAAAAAGAGGAGAAGCAGACAAUGGGGGCUGGAAGAGAAGUGCCCAUAUCAUUGGAUGGACUGAGGGAUAAGAACAUUAUGCAACUGAAGAAGCUCAACACUGCCCUUUUCCCUGUCCGAUACAACGAUAAAUACUACGCUGAUGCUCUUGUCUCCGGCGAAUUCUCCAAGCUUGCUUACUACAGUGAUAUUUGUGUUGGUUCAAUUGCAUGCCGGCUUGAGAAAAAGGAAGGAGGUGCUAUUUGUGUCUACAUCAUGACCUUAGGUGUUUUGGCACCAUAUCGUGGCCUGGGUAUAGGUACAACUCUUUUGAACCAUGUGCUGGAUAUGUGUACCAAGCAGAACAUUGGAGAGAUUUACUUGCAUGUGCAGACCAAUAAUGACGAUGCCAUCAAUUUCUACAAGAAGUUUGGGUUUGAGAUCACUGGUACGAUUCAGAAUUAUUACACAAAUAUUACUCCACCAGACUGUUACGUUGUGACCAAAUUCAUCACAACAAAGAAGUGACAUCUUAGAACUAAAAGUAAGAACUCCACUGGAGAUUUUGAUAAUGGAGGUACACUCAGUAUUUGUGAUCUGGAAACGCGAUAGAAGUGUUGUGUACCGAUACACAGGGUUUGCAUUAAAGAAAUGUGUGACGUUAGAUUUGCCGCAAUGGAGUUCAUUGAUUGUAAUGUGUAGACGUAAACACUGCAAACCCAUAUUCCUGAAUCCUGAUAACGUGUUUCAACUUUAUUAUCUUUUGGACAGAAAUAUGGACAUCUUCACGUGUUAUUGAAUUUGCAUGAAUGUAUUCUCUUCUUGCUACGUUUCUUUGCUGCAUGAGAACUUGGAUCUUUUCGAACUAAGUCUCCUACUUGGACUAAAUUACAGUUUUCAGUUUAUAAAAGAUUAGAUG